AUGUCGAGCGUCGGCGAAUCUUCAGAAGCGAGGACCCAACUUGAAUCUCAGCCGGCGGCAGCAGAUGAGGCCCUGACGGCACCUGGAGGUGGUGGCUUUUCUGACUUACUGCAGCGGGAAAAGAGGGAGAAUUUGUUGAAGAGAAGCUUAUUAGGUUUGAGGGUAAUGGCUCUGCUUUCUUCCCUGGCUGGUUUCAUGGUCAUGGCCAGCAAUAGUCAUGGCCAUGGGUUUGACUUCAAUAAAUUCGAAGAAUACCGGUACAUCCUGGCUGUGACAAUUAUAUGCACAAUGUACACAAUAGGCCAAGUGUAUCGUCAAGUUCAGGAACUCUGCAACGGGAAAGACCUUCUUCAGCCUAAAAAGACGUCGUUGAUUGACUUUGUUGGAGAUGAGAUGAUGGCAUAUCUAUUGAUAUCAGCAGCAUCUUCAGGGAUGCCACGGACAAAUGGAAUGAGGAAUUACGGCGGGAAUCAUAAACUGGACAUGUUUCUGGAGCGUUCAGGUGCAGCCAUUGGCAUGUCAAUUAUGGCCUUCAUUUGCUUGGCACUUUCAGCUCUCCUUUCUGUCUACAAACUAUCCACUUACGUACCUGAUUACAUCUGA